AUGAAGGAACGCCUGAUGGAGCAACAAGAAGAGCGGAAAAGGAUAUCAGAUAAAGCUAAAGAGAAACAAAUAUUUCGCGAAAAUAAUAAAAGAAGGAAGCAAUAUGAACAACAAAAAAUGAAGAAAUUAAAGAAAGAAGCAGAAGAACGUGAGCGAUUAUUAGCUAGUAGAAGAAGAAAGAUAGGCCAAGAAGUAAAUAAAAUGCGAAGUGUUGUUAGACAACAGGAUGAUGAGAGUGAGAAUAAAGGAGGGAGAAUAACGCCAAACCUCAUGAUUAAACGUGAUAUUCAAUCAAAUAAACGAAAAAAUAAUAGCGCUCAUGAUAAAAUUCUUAGUUAUUAUGAAUCGAGUGGGCUAACAAGGCAAGAUAUUAUUCUAGGUGGCAACGAAUCUCCAAUAAAUGAUGACUACGAUGCUUUGGCUUAUACCGACGAAUCUAAUAAUGUGCCUAAAUAUCAAUCAACAACAAUUCGUCCAGAAACAUCCAAGCCUAGAGGCAACUCGACCCAGCAUAAGAAGGACGCGUUUAUUAAUCAAAUUGAUGAGAUCAAUAAAGUGGCAGAAAUGGAUAGUAAUCGACAACAGUUAGAUACUGACGAUGAGUUAUCAAGUGCAGAUAGUCUUGAAAUAGGUAGAGUAAGCAUUCGAGAGGGUAAAUGCACUAGUAUAAAAACUAAACCUGAAAUUCAUUCUCAGCCAUCGAUGGAAAGCGGCCAUGGAUCGGCUUUGCAUAAAAGCAACUCUAACAAUUUAUUAGCUAAUGUUAUCGACGAUGAUGACGACGAACUAUUUGAUAGCUUAGAUUUAACGCCAUUUCAGUUAUUGAGGCAUCAAAAUAGUCCUAAUCAUCAGGAAAGCGUUAAAAUUCCAUCACAAAGCAGUAGCAUUAGACCAUUAUCGGCACACCAUCGUCAAAUAGAUGCACCGAUUCAUGAUACUCAAGGGGAACAUUCUCGAAAAGAGAAUGAAAUAAGUACUAAAUUAUCUGAUGAUGACCAUAGACGGCGUGGUCAGAAUAUCAAUAAAGACGUGGAUUCUGAAUUACCUCAAACUGGUUAUAGCAAUACUCAAAACCAGCAAAACUUUACAGAUUCUGAGCCUAAUCUAAACUUACAAGAAUCAAAAUCUUCUUUAAUAUUUCCAUUACAUGAUGAUGAUGAUCUCCAUACCGUCAGUCAAACUGGUGAAGAUACCGGUACCAAGAAAGAUCGAAUUAGUAGUGCAAAAUCAACUAAAUCUGUUCGAUUUGCUGAUACGGCAUCAUAUCAUGGAUUAUCCGAUGUAUCUUCACUCUCUGACGACUUUGAUGCUACCGUUAGUGUAAUUGUCGAUGAGAUUAACAAGUUACAAUUAUCAAAUGAAAGAAAUCAGCAACAAGAUGACGAUCAUGGCAAACAUUAUCAAAAGAAGAUCAAUUAUCAUCAGCGCAAUACCGCGAAAGAAAGCGGUCGAAUUUCUUCCUCUAAGCAACCAAGUCAAGACGGUUAUGACGAAGAAGAUGAUAAAAGUAGCAAUAAUGAUGAUUCAGUUGAUCCGUGGAAGUUAAGUCAAACGUCUACAUCUUCACAAUAUCAAAAUGAAGAGAUUGUAGAUGUCCAAAGUCAGCUGAAUCAAUCUUCAAUAUCUCCUCGUCAAUAUCAGGAACGUCCAAAACAACCAAUAGAACGAUCUAGAAGUGAAGGAUCUUUGCAAGGUAAAAUAAAAAGUAAUCAUUCAUUUAAAUCUCUUGCUGCUGUUGAAGAUCCUACAAAUGACAAUGUACCAACAGAAGAUGAAGUCAGCUGGCUAUGGAAUAAAGUACAACAAUGUUUAGAGAUACCAUCAGGAACAAAAUCUGAAAAUAAAAAGAAGAAAGAUGACGAUAAAUCUCGAAAUCUGUUAAGAAAUACAGGAUUGAAUAUUUCAAAACGAAUAAUGCCUAGUGAUAAAAUUAGACGAUCAUCUGUUACUUCGGCACAGAGUGAUACUGUUUUACUCAAGGAUCAAGAUUCAGCAUCAUCACGAAUUCCUAGAAAAGUCUCAUCAGCUAAACCUUCGACAUCAGCUAAAAUUCGCCUUCGUACGCGUUCAUUAGUAAAACAACCGAUCAAUUUGAAACAUACUAAACCUUAUCCUAAUAGCGUAAAGGCAAUGUCCAAGACUAGAGUGGAAGGAAAUAGCUUUAAUAGAACUAUUCCACGAUCCUCUACCUAUGGUCCAGUUAGGAGCUCUGCAAAUAAAUCAUUAGAGAAAGCAGAUUUCAACACUUUAUAUGAAGCUAAUAAUGUGAGCGAGAGUGUUGCUCAUUUCAUCAUGGCCGAAAGCCUAUGCAAAAAAAGUCUAUCGGAAAGUCAAAUUGAAGAUUUAUUAAAAGCAAAAAAUGCACCAAAAAAGAAACAAGUCAAGCCUAGCGCUUUAUCGAUAGAAGAGAAAAGAUUAUUAGCUUCCAUUCAAAGAUUAGACGCGAAAUUAGAAGAAACAACUGCUGCAAAUGCUGAGCUUAUCCGUAAACAUUUAGCCGGUGUAGAAACAUUUAAACCGCAACUACGAAAGAGAAUUUCCAAAGCAACUCAGCCCAUUCGCCCCCAACAAUUUUACGAAAUGAACGUUGCAUUAAAAGCUAACAAACAGCAACAGAAAAUUAAAUCUCGAAAUACUAGAGUUGAAGAUGGGUUUCAUCAAAAUAGAACAGUCAGGUUGUAG